UUCUUUGACUUAUGAAAUGGUUUAGCUACAUGUUCAAGUGGAAAUUAAGAAUGUCAAGGUCUGCUAAUAUUAGUGUCUGUAUGUUGAAUGUAGUUCUCGCAAGUGUCCACAUGAGGACAUUGUAGACCGUCACAUUUGAACCAACUCGUUGGUAGCACGGGGCUCCUCCCAGAUUCAGAGGAUGAUGAUGUUUCUCAGGCGAUUCAAACAAAGAGACUCGGGGAGCGAAAGAGGACGGUGCGACCACCAUUUUUCUAUUGUAGUGCUUAUAUGCCGAUAAAUUCAUUUGGUAUAUUUCGUGAUGCUGUUUAAUGUAUCCAUAUGAGUGACCUUAUUCGCCAAAUCUACCUUUAUGUCGUCUCUGGAUGUGUGGAAUGAUGCAUUUGCCGAGCAGAAGGAGCUGUGUGUGGAUAUAUCUCCUGUUCGUGCUGCUGGAUUGUUACUGGGAAGCGGUGUCUGGACAGCUCUCUUACUCCGUCUCAGAGGAGGUGAAUCUGGGGACUGUUGUCGGAAAUAUCGCCAAAGAUCUCAACAUCAAUGUCCAGGAUUUGGAGUCCCGCAUGUUUCAGAUCGUUGCUGGAUCAAAGAGAAAAUAUUUCGAGGUAAAUCUAAAGACUGGUGUCCUGUAUGUUAAUGAGAGGAUAGAUCGAGAGGAACUCUGCGGCGAUGAACCAAAAUGUUCCCUCAGUGUAGAAGCAGUGAUUAAUAACCCUUUAAAACUGUACCGGAUCGAAAUUGUCAUCUUAGAUGUGAAUGACAAUUCCCCGUCAUUUCUGAGCUCGUCACAGGUAAUCAACAUUACAGAGAACACAGCAGCAGGAGCUAAAUUUCUAUUAAAACGGGCUCACGAUGCAGACGUCGGUAAAAAUGCUGUUAACAGCUACAAGCUGAGCCAAAAUGAACACUUCUCUCUCGUCACACAUAAAGGAGAGAGUGUAACUGUAGAAUUACAGCUUCAGAAAGUUUUAGACAGAGAAAAGCAGUCUGUGAUCCGACUCACACUGACUGCUAUUGAUGGAGGAACUCCUGCUAAAUCUGGCAGCAUGACUAUUAUAGUGAAUGUGUUGGACAUCAAUGAUAAUCCUCCUGUAUUCAGUCAAGCUCUCUACAAAGCCAGUGUGUAUGAAAAUACAAAAAUAGGCACAUCCAUAAUAACAUUAAAUGCUACUGAUCUGGAUGUAGGUCCAAACGGACAAAUAUCGUAUUCUAUUAUUGAAAUAGACCGGGGGAAACAGACUGAUCUGUUUGCUAUAGAUGAAAAAAUUGGAACUGUGACAAAUAAAAAGAAUAUCGACUUUGAAGAAAAUAAUGCUUUUGAGAUUCGAGUACAAGCCAGUGAUGGAGCUGUUUUCCCUAUGACCUCACAUGUCAAAUUAUUGAUUGAAGUUUUAGACGUCAAUGACAAUGCCCCUGAAAUUUCAGUUACAUCACUAUUAAAUGCAGUCAAAGAGGAUGCGUCCAUUGGCACCGCCAUUGCACUAGUUUCAGUAUCUGAUAAAGACGGGGGUAAAAAUGCGAUGGUGAACUGUAAAAUCUCCAAUAAUGUUCCGUUCAAAUUGGAAUCAAAUUAUAAGAAUUACUACUCGUUGGUGGUGGACGGUCCUCUGGACAGAGAGAGCUCAGCUGAAUACAACAUCAGCAUCACUGCUACUGAUGAGGGCAGCCCACCUCUCUCCAGCACGAGCGUCAUUAAUGUCCACGUCUCAGAUGUCAAUGAUAACAAACCUCUAUUCACAGAAAACAUAAUCAAUGUCUUAGACGUUAAUGAUAACUUCCCAGCAUUUACCAAACCGUUGUAUAAAACAAGUAUUACUGAGAAUGUUCCGGUUGGGACAUCCGUAAUAACAGUAACAGCAACAGACGCUGAUGAAGGGCCAAACGGGGAGAUUUCAUAUUCAUUUAGCAGCAAAGAUCAGGAC